UGGACAAUCAGUUGACGUUGAAUGUUUCGUCUUGGCGGUCGCUGAAAAAACAAACCGCUGGCAGAAUCUUCGAUCGGACCGAAGACCCCUUAAUCCGAUAGCUUCUUGGCUAAAAUCUGUAUUGACCAUUUUUUUCUGGUGUUCUGUCAGUUCUUCCUGAGUGUUCUGUGUGUGUAUUAUGUGCCAGGGCAGUGGCUCUAAGCUCUGAAAACGAAUUCGAGUCUCUGCGAAAGGGUGUCCUUUUUUGGUCCUGAAAUGUCCUGGAUGACUUUGGUCUUCCUCCUGGCCGUGGCCCUCGCCCUGGGCCAGGCUCUGGAGGGUGUGGUCCAGCCCACUUGCAGCCUCAAGGACAACUGUAAUCUGGGCGAAAACCUGCUCACGAAUCCUGGCGGUGCCGAUGGCUCUGUCGACGUCUCUGGCGACAAGCUGGAGAGCAAGAUAGCCUCCAUCUUCGAGGAUAAGGUCAACUACAGUCUGAAGCUGUUUGCGGACGAAGCCACCACCACGAUCCUGGAGUAUCAGACGGCCAAUCUCAGCGACUUGCACGCAGGACCUCUGGGAAACUUUUCGAUCCAUCAGUUGGAGAAAAACCUGGAGGAGGACGACCAGGUGGAGGAGGAUGAACGAGUCUAUCUGUACAAUAUUGGGAAACGCUUUCUGGCCAUAACGCAGCCUUUCGAUCCUGCCAGGAACCCAGACGCCUCGUCGCUGUGUCGCCGGCAGAUGCGACAGUAUCUGAGCGCCUUGGACAACUUUGAUCUAUGGGCCUUGAAAAUGCACGAUGCCAGCGGAAAGCUGAACUCUGGCAUUUUGAACGGCAACAUCAAUCAGCCGGGUGAUUUCGACCAGUGUAUGGGCAUUCAGCAGCCCAUGCGGGAGCAGGAUCAGGAUCAGGAGCAGGAUGAGGAUAACCUUCUCCGAGGUCAAUACUGCCUGGCCUAUGCCCAGCCAGUCCUGCCCCAUAAAUCGAAGCGCCUCCAGAGCUUCUUCAAGCUGAUCCAGUCCCACGGACCCUUCAAGAGCGAGUUCAACGACCCCGGACACCGUGUACCCCGCUACUCCCUGAUCAACUGGGGCAUCUGCGUGCCCUCCGGCUGCUCCGCCCGCGACGUGGAGUACACCGUGGCGGAGUAUCUGGCCAACCAGACGGCGUCCACGGGAAUCACCUUCAAUGUUCGGGUGGAGCCCCAGAUGUGCCAAGUGCGGGAUCAGCGUCCCUGGGACAGGAAUACCACCUGGGCGGUGCGGUUCUUCCUGCUGGUUCUCUCCGUGGCGGUGCUCUCCACCAUCUACGAUCGCUCCACCAAGACGCAACCGAAGCAGAAUGCCUGGUUUACGGCCUUCUCGCUGGACAAGAACCUGCGUUGGCUCUUCAGCACCAGCAGUGCUCCCGGAGACAUUGAGGCGGUGCAUGGCAUCCGCUUCCUGAACGCCAUGAUGCUGAUCUUCUCCCACAAGUCGAUGGCCAUGUUCUUCAACCCGUACAACAACCGCACGGCCAUGUCCGAGAGCCUGGGCCAGCCGUGGACGGUGAUUGGACGUGCUGCAUCGCUCUACACGGAUCCCUUCCUGCUGUUUAGUGGCAUGCUCACGUCCUACUCCCUGUUCGGCCGCCUGAUGAAGCAGCAGCCCAUCCGGCUGAAGAACGAAUACGUCAGUCGGCUGAUGAGGAUCGUCCCGCCUCUGGCCGCCCUCAUCCUGUUCUGCACCUACGUCCUGCCGCUGUGGGGCAGCGGGCCGCAGUGGAACCUGGUGGUGGGCCACCACGCCGACAUCUGCAAAAAGAACUGGUGGCGUAACCUGCUAUUCAUCCACAACUACUUUGGCUUCAGCGAGAUGUGCCUGACGCACACCCACCACCUGGGCAUCGACACGGAGCUGUUUGCCGUGGCGCCCCUGCUCAUCCUGGGACUGUGGCGUUGGCCCCGCCGCGGACUGGCAUUCCUGCUGCUCCUCUGCACGGUGGGAACGGCCGCCAGGUACUAUACCACGAUCGUCAACCAGCUCUCCAACUAUAUAUACUUUGGCACCAACAUCCAGCGCCUGUUCCGCACUGCCGACUACAUGUACUCCUUCCCGCCCCACCGCUCCACCGUCUACAUCAUGGGCAUCCUGCUGGGCUACGUCCUGCGCAAGUUCCAGAAUGCCAAGCUGAGUAGCCUCCAGCUGCGCCUCGGCUGGUUGGGAGCCACAGUCUGCCUCCUGGCCUCGCUCCUGGGUCCCGCUCCCAUGGGCGACAUCAACUACGUGUACAACUCCACCCACGCAGCCAUCUACGCCGCCUUUGCGCCCAUCGCCUGGUGCCUGUUCUUCUCCUGGAUCGUCUUUGUCUCCCACAACGGAUACAAAAAUAAAAUCACGAAGCUGUUUGCCUGGCGAGGUUUCCAGGUGUCCACAAAGCUGUCGUAUGCCAUUUACCUGACGCAGUUCCCCGUCUUUUUCUUCAAUGUCGGCCGAAGGCGUCACAUCCAUCACUACUAUAACUUUGUUUCGAUAAUCCUCGACACCAACGAAUUCAUCUCGAUCUUCCUGGCCUCUGUGGCCCUGACGGUGCUCUUCGAUGCGCCCUUCCAGAACCUGAAGAAGCUGCUCAUUAAACGUCCCACCGCCUCGCCGGCGAAAGUCCUGGCACCUUCGGCGGAAGCACAGCCCAGCACUGCCCCCCACCACCCGCACUCCGAUUAGUCCCGCCCCACUAGCUUCUAAUCUUGUAAAUGUAUCCCCUUUGUAGCAUUUAGUGGCAAAUUAGGAUUAAGUCAAACCCGGCGCAGCCCAACCCAUCCCCCCCCCCAUCCCAUCCCUAGGCUUAGUGGAACGCUUUAUAAUUUGUAAAUUACUGUACUGUUAGUCAAAUCGAGCGACGAGUGCGACUCCCUUUCGUAGUCAUAUAGGGCCAAAACCAAUCAACUAUCUUGCUUGCUAGACGGGUCUGAGGCGGUUUGGGCCGGGAGCCGGGGGCGCUGCCUUCGGAUCUCGGCCGACCUGCUCGGACUCUGGAUCCGUAGAAUACUUACGUUACUUUAAGCCAGGUCGAAUGUCAGUUUUUUUU